AUGUCAGAUCUCACAGAUGAGCCUGACCGUGCAGGCAAUGGCAUGAACAAGUCCUUCGACGGCCGAAGUUCGCUGCCAAACAACAGUUUGAACGAUGCCACCUCUCCAACUGCGCCCCGCAAGUCAAACCAGACCUCGCCAUCCACGGACCAGCCAAAGAAGAAGCGCAAGGUGAACCAUGCAUGUGUUUACUGCCGACGUUCGCAUAUGACUUGCGAUUCUGAUCGACCUUGCAAACGCUGCAUCAAGAGAAACAUCGGCCAUCUGUGCCAUGACGAACCAAGAGAAGGACAUGGCUAUCACAAAAAGUCCAAGACCGACUCAGACACUGCUGGCCCGGACGAGCAGUCUCCUCCACGGGAUGAUUUUUCCACGGCUCCAAGCUUGCCAGGUCCCGCCUUGAUGGACGACUCUACUCCUAACCUACUGCAGGACGACAAUAUUGGACUGAGACCAUCCACAAAUGACACCAUGGCCGUCUCCAAUUCGAGUGCACCUGGCCCAAACGCUGGCAUCAAUGGUAAUACUCACCCUCACUUCGGUUAUAAUGAUCCAUGGGCCGGAGUCCAAAAUCGUUUUCAUGAUAUGCAGGCCUUCCAUCCAAACUACAUGUUCAACGCAAACGAGGUCACCGAUGAAUUCAACUUGUUGAACGACUUCCUCAGCAACAGCCUCUUUGAAGAGACCGGAAUGUACUCUACCGAGGAAUUCCAGGGUCCCUUCAAUGAUCCUUCUUUCAUGAAUUCUAUGGCCGCUUCCUCUUUCCCGACCGCAGGGGUCGAACCCCUCCUUUCGCACGAGCACGUCAACAGCGCCCAGGCAACAGCCCAGAACAACGCAGCUCAGGCGGCACUAAUAUCUAGACCGCCGAGUGUAAAGCCAAUCUCGGACAAAGCGCGAGAGAAAUACUAUAUGAUGGCGGCAGAUCCGACUGGUGCUGAGCCGCCGGAGGAGCGCAUGCAAAAGCUGCUCAAAGCAAAAUACGAUGCAGGAAUGUUACGACCGUUCAAUUACGUCAAUGGGUAUGCCAGACUCAACAAGUACAUGGAAAAGAACAUGAAGCCACAUUCGCGUCACAAGAUCUUAAUGCAGUUGGACCAGUUCCGGCCGAAAUUUAGAGAGCGAAUGCAGAGCUUGACCGAUAUCGAGCUGGUACUGGUGGAGAUGUGGUUCGAGAGGAGUUUAAUGGAGUAUGAUAGGAUUUUUGCCAGCAUGGCUAUUCCAGCCUGCUGCUGGAGAAGGACGGGUGAAAUUUUCAGAGGGAACAAGGAGAUGGCUGAAUUGAUCCAGGUCCCCAUCGAAUCACUUCGCGAUGGAAAACUUGCCAUACACGAGAUCAUCGUCGAAGACCAGCUGGUCAGCUACUGGGAGAAAUUCUGUGCCAUUUGCUUCGACCAACAGCAAAAGGCCAUGCUCACGAGCUGCACCCUGCGCAGCCCCGCGGGAGGCACCGAAACUGUGGACAUCCACUGCUGUUUCUCCUUUACCAUUCGGAGGGAUAAUCACAAUAUACCCUCGCUGAUUGUGGGCAAUUUCUUGCCCAUGAAUUCUGGGAAACAAUUCACCUCUCACCUUGAAUCCGUCCUCAGCAACGAAGUGAACGGGUCGGCCGAAGAUUUUCCUGACCUCUCCGUUUACUUGGAUGCUCUUCCUCUCCCCCGUAAGGCACUGGGUCCGACCCAGCGGACAGCAUUCGACCGCAAGGGUGUUGUGCUCUGGAACACAUGUUGCAAAUUGAGUGGGGGCGAAAAAAGUCCGCAGCUACUCGUCAACCUGGCAAAGGUUCGGGCAUUCUCAUAUCUCCUUCUCGAAAGUUCAGCGAACUCGAAAUGGAAGAGCCAACAACGGCUGUUUCAAAAUGCGCUCAGAGCCAGCAAAACCUGUCUUGAUGCCGGCCUGGUUGCGAUCGCCUCCAAGGUCAUUGAGCAGCUUGCCUCAAAACUGGAAGAUAGCCCCAAGAGCGCCGACCACGAUGACCUUGACGUCGAAAGAAUUAAAGCAAGCUUGAAUGCACAAUACUUGUUGGUGCGCAUCGCGCUGGCAUGGAAGCAAGGACGACUCGACUUAGCGGAACAUUUUUAUAGCCAACUGGAGGCAAACAUACCCCAGUUAGGUGCUGUUCGUGUUGGAGAACUCCUUGACCUAUGCUACGAGAUCGGCAAUGAUCAGUUCGACCAGAAGAAUCACACCCUCGCCGUGAAAUGGCUCAAACGAGGUUGCCAGCUCGCGGAUGAACAUGGAAUGCAAAUUGAGCAUGAGGACAUCUUGGAUCUAAGGCUUACCCUCAUACAUACAUGCGUCCGAGCUCUUCUAGCAAUCGAGGAGCCGCAAGCCGCGCAAGAGGCAUUUCAACUCCUGCAGGUACUUCGCCAAGAAUUCGGCCACAAGCUUCCUGUCACUCUACUCCUACUGGAGGUGUCUGCAAAAGAUCCAUCUGCGGAUCCGCAUGCGUUCUCUGCUGAGCUGUGGAACGUUGUACACUCUGCGCAUUUGAUUCGGUCGAAUCAUAAGUUCAUCUCAGACGCUAUCCGAGUCUUGGAGUCAUACAUUGUUCUAAGACUUGCUCCAAGUGACGAACACGCAUGGACUGAAAACGCCAUCAUUACAUUGAUCUGGCUCAUGACAGCGGAAAACAAUAACCACAACGGUGUCGAUACAUCACCUUCCGAAGAAGCAUUUGACAAGAUUUACCGAGCUUGGAACAAAGCCCUCAGUGCAGAGGCGACUCAUGGUGCACUGAUUCUAUUUUGGAAGCGGAUCGAACAUACCUUCGACCAAGAAUUGAAGGAGAUCACGAUCAAAUGGUGCCAGGUUGCGUUACAUCAAUUAUUUAGCAACGCCGGAGACAACAACGUCGGGAAAAUUGAGAGGAAGAUAGUCAAAUGUCAAAUCGAUCUCGGCGCCCUUGAAGAUGCCUAUGCGACCAUCGAAAAGAUGUCGCCAGCGAUAAAACAGCAUCCCCUCUCUCGAUACCUGCGAUACAGCCUCGCUCUGCGGCGUGGGGAUGAAGCUGACACGAGAUCGACGCUAGCCUCCCUUGCCACCAUCCACGAUGACCGGAACAAAUUACUGUUCGCCGCUGUGUCAGAAGCGACCCAAUACGGUAGCAAAUUCCAGGGGGCGCAACUACUUCAGCGCAUUCUGGACAAAUAUAAGGACAGUUUGCCACCGGAGAUCGAUGCAUCUACGCUUCUGAGAUGUACAGCUCGCCUUCUGCUUCUAGCACUUUCGGAAGCUGACGAACUCGACGAAGAGCUUCUGUCUCGGCUAUGUGGCAUCUUCAAGUCAGCUGCAAUAUUCACACAGAAACAACAGCAUAGCCAAGGAACGACAUUAGAAUAUCAACUCCAGGAGAGCAGGUGGUUUGAGAAAACCAGCUACAACACUGCUGUGCAAUAUCUCCAGUCAUGGCCGGCGAAGUAUGUCGUCGACCUUCUGCAUUAUUCGUGCCAGGUGCACUUGCCUUCCCACGCUCCAAUCCGGGUUCAAUCUGAGAAGCCUAUCCACGAGGCCAAUGCAAAGUAUAUCCAAGCAAUCCUGUACACAAUCGAGGCGAGGUCGGCCGCUUCAUCGUACACAGCCGAAAACGUCCCGAAAACUGCUUACUCCGGCAAGGCUCCACCACAUUCAGCGGCAGAAAUCCAGUCUACUUUGUACAGGAGCGUAUUCGCCAAGUACACGGAGAUUCAAACUCACAGGAACGCCUUACGUGAGAGCUGCAACAGGGGCCUUAUCAAGCAGGAAGUGCUCGAGGCCGUCACGCAGAAACUCAUCGUCUUGGCUCCCCUGGCGUUCGAGGCAGUGCUCUUCCUGGCGCGCACAAGUCCAACUGAUGUUCCGGGCCAAGCUCAGGUUCAUGACGAACUCUCCCUCGCGGCGAUGGUCGACCAGAUGGUGCGCCUCAACCCACCCCAGAAGACGUACUCGAUUUUUGCCGACAUGGUCCUCUCCGCCUCCUCGGCAGACUCCAACAUUCUCUCUGGUCAGGAUCCGGCCAGGUGUGCGCCGGUGUCGCUGCUGCUGCUGCCGGUGGCCACAACAACGAACCUGCUCGCGAAGCUGAUAUCCGGCUUGCGAGAGCACCCGGACUACGACAACCGCCAGGCUGCCAGGUGGGUGAGGUGCGUGGUGCAGAUUGUUCUCGACCGGCGGGAGCCGCAGUCCCACCACCCAAAGAGCGGGAUAAGGGAACGGGGGAAAGGUCUGAGCACCGUGGCCAGAAUCACCGCACACGCCUUGGACCUGGCCAGAUCCUCCUCCGCUCCUGGUCGGGACUAUCCGCCCGAAGAACUCGAAUGGCUCGCGGCCACGCUGUUCAACCUGUCCAUCGACCUGUAUGCUUCGCUGCCGCGGCCCGCGUCGGGCUCGGAAUCUGCCCCGGCCGACCCCAGCGGCGCGACCAGCCAAGGAGACGAGCACGAGAAACAGGGCGGAGAAGAACACCCUGCCACGGCGGCGGCGGCGACGCCGCAGUUCUGGGCAAAGAGAGCCAUAGACAUGGCGGACGUGCUGGCGGCCAACACCGCCGUGGCCGGCGAGGGUGGAAUGCUCGCAAAGGUCCUCCGGGAGAGAUGCCAGAGGCUGCACUGGGACGUCUGAGCUACUGUAGCACUAUUAUCGAACCGGCCCCAGGAAAGAGGACUCGGAGAGGGGUCCAGUUCGCUAACUACCUAUUCCAUUGGCAUCUGGCUUGUCAUCCCUUUACUUUGCCAACACUGGAUCAUGGGCUCCCGAGUCACGUUGAGUUAGGGCUGCCAUAAAGGCGCAGCUCGCGACGAGAGGGGCUUAAAUAGCAAGCGAAAGGUCGGAACAAGGAGCUACAGAUCCAUCCUGAUCAUUCCGCUUAGUUAGAGGAUGACGGCGCAAAUAGGAGGAGGGGGACACAGAG